GAUGCCAUCUGUCAAUGUCAGUUUGAUUUGGAAUAGUUCAAAAUUGACAAAUUGACUAGAAUCAGAGAGAUUUCUUUAGGUUAAGUUCUAGAAUUUUCUGGAGUAUAUAAAGUCACAAUUUCACGAGGAAGAAUAUACGAUUUGUUCAUUUUCUGUGCAACACUAUUAGGAGCAUUUAUUAAACUUACAGCAAUAUGGCCAAAUGGGGAGAAGGUGAUCCAAGAUGGAUUGUAGAGGAGCGCCCAGAUGCUACGAACGUCAACAACUGGCAUUGGACCGAGAAAAAUGCUAGUUCUUGGUCUCAAGACCGCAUUAAGGAACUGUUUAGAGAUGUCAAAAUAAAAGCAGAUGACGCAGAUAUUACAAUAAAUGAAGUUGAAAAAAUGGAAGGUGAAGCAUCUGCAAACAAUAGAAAAGGAAAAUUAAUAUUUUUUUAUGAGUGGGAUAUAAUUCUCAACUGGAGUGGAAAACUCAGGGACGGUACAGGACGAGAUAUUACUGGUAAAAUCCAAGUGCCCAAUUUGUCUGAAGAAAAUGAGGUUUCAGAGUUGGAUAUUCAAAUUUCCGUGAAAGAUGAAGAUGAUGAAGGUACAAAACUCAAAGAAAUUAUGCUAAAGGUAGGAAAGGAUUUUGUUCGUUCUCAAUUGUCUAAGUAUAUUUCUGGACUCAAAGAGGAAUUUUCAAAAGGUAUGAUUUUACCUAAAAAAGACCAGAUCAAACCAGACUCUGUUAAAAAUCUAACUAGUGGAUUUAACAAAAAAAUCAAUAUGGAACCAGUUGUUAAUAAUGAAAAUCAAAGGAUAGGUCUGAAAAUUGAUACUAGGACCAUAAAAGAGUCGCACAAAUUUCAGUGUACUGCACAGGAGUUUUAUGAUUCUCUUACUAGAAUUGAAAUGGUUACCGCAUUCACAAGAGGUCAUGUUAAAUUGGAUCCUGUGAAAGGGGGUAAAUUUGAGUUGUUUGGAGGUAAUAUUUAUGGAAAAUUUGAAGAGUUAGUGCCUGCAAAGAAGAUUAUUCAGCAGUGGAGGUAUAAGCAAUGGCCUGAAGGACACUUUUCAACAGUAACUAUUGAGAUAGAUCAGAAGAAUGAUCAUACUGAAGUUACUUUGGAACAGACAGGUGUACCUAGUGCCGAAUUGGAAGUUACCAAAGGCAAUUGGCAGCGCUACUAUUGGGAUUCCAUGAAACAAACAUUUGGAUUCGGUGUGUUCUUCACGUAGAUAAUUUUUUUAAUGACUCUAAAGUGAACAGCCUAUUGAACAGGAAGCAAAGAAAUUUUUGUGUGUAGAAUUUGAUGAUUCUUAGUUAGAAUUUCGUCAUCCAAACAUUCUUUUCUCAAAGCUUUUUGUAUUGGAAACUCUUUUUCCUCGUCCGAAGUGUUUAAAAAACAGGCUACAAUUGUUAUUUCCUGUUUCAAAAUAUUCAUCGAAAUAGUAUGAGCACAGAAGUAAUAAUUUUCAUGAACAAGGGUUUUUUGCCUUUUUUAUAGUGCAAAUAUUCAUAGAUAAUUCGAACACAAUUAGUUUUGUUUUUAUUGUAUUUUGACAGUUUGACAAAUAUUUGGAGAAUAAUGUACUUUUCUUUUAAUUUUUUUGCGUACAGUCAUGGGACGAUAAAAAUUUAUUCACCUGCACACUAUUGCAUGUCAGUAUAAGGUAUAGAAUGUUGAUUGAACAAUAGAAAAAUUACUUUUUUUGAAUAGCAAUUGAAUAGUGUAUAUCUCCAAAAGUAUGAUUAUUUGAUUUUUUCCAUAUAAGAUGGUCAUCAUUUCAAAUCAAAUAAUAUUCCUUCUGUGACUGGUGGCCCCAUCUGAUUCUGCGAACUGACCUUAUUUUACCCUCUGUCCGAAACAUUUUCCGGAUGCUCCUUUGAGCAGAAACACAUGUAUGAUUCUCUAUCAUAAACAUGUAAUGUUUCUCGAGAAUAAAGCAUCACUAUCAAUAUUCUGAAAAUUAUAAAAAACUUACAUUUUAGUGAAACUUUACAACUUAGGCUCUUCCCAAUUAGGCAUUCCAGAUAUGUGUCAAAUUCAAAAAGGCGUCUCAUGGCACACAUAGAUUGUUGAUUUUUUUAACAUUUCUGAUUUUCAGUUUUCAUUUUCACAUAGAAUAUUCGUGUUUUUUCAGGAUUCAGCAAUGAUAUUAUUGAAGAUGCUGAAUCAUUUUUCUUACAACUUUCAACACAAAUUCAAUGAUAAACUAGUUUUUAUAGUAAGUACCGUUUCGAAAUAAAAAAACAGUAAGGAAACAUUCUUCUAAAAACAUUUAUUCGUGUGAAAGCUCCAGCUUCACUCUAUUUUCUAACAUCCCCAUUAUCAUUAGGGCAUUUAUCGUAUCAUAUGACCAACUUUUGUAAGCCAUCCUCAAUAAAGAUUACCGCCUAAUUCAGUAACUACUGCAGCACGCUUGUUUUGACUUUGUUGUCAUCAUUGUUGAGCUGCCUAGACAGAUGCGCCUUCAAAUGCAGGAAGAAAUUUUGUACACUCGGCGCUAGACUAAGACUUUAGAGGUGGUCCAAAUAUUCCCAGCCAAAUGACAGGAGGUCGACCACUUCAUUUCUCAUCGUGAAUGUUUGUACAGCCUUCUCUAAAGGCCCUAACCCAUUUAUGUUCCAAUUUCAUCACUCAUGUUUUCACCAUAAACUCCACAGAUUUGGCGAUGAGUUUUAGCUGCUUCAGCCUUUAUCUCUCGAAAAACGAAUAACACACACUUCAGUCAGCAGGAUUCUCAAUCAGCGGCAGCAUUUUCAAAGAUUUACAAAUAAAUCAGAGUCGACUGGUCAAGUAAUAGCACAGUAUAGUGUUCUAGUGUGGUAAUAGCGUCUGCAAUGUCCUUGUCGAAAUCCACAAAUCCACACUACAUGAAAGUAGAAGUUGUAAAAGAAAACAGAAAAGUACGUUUUCCCCAAUAUAUUGUUUUUUAACAAUAGUUUCUUCAUAUAAUCACUAUGCAUUAGUAAAUGAGUAUGGGCAAUCAACAAGCAUUUGUUGAUUGCCCAUAUUCUUAUAAAUAAAGCAGUUGUGUGUCCUACAGUUGUCUUGGUCACCUAAUUUGGAAUUCCUAAUGAUUAAAAUAGGUUUAAUCAAAAAGAAAUAUGAAAAGGGUAAAUAUAAUACAGUCUUACCAAAAGGAAUAAAAUUUUCACUUGAUUAUACCAUCCAUUAUGUAUCAGAAUAAUAUAAUGUAUUAUUUGUAUAAAAUCACACCUAAUGAGGUUUCGAUAAGUAAUUAACUCAAAUAUUUCAUAUUAAGUGUCAUUGCAACGACAGGCACCUGACUGAAACACUUAAGGGGAGACAACUAAGUACAAAUAUAAAUGUAGCAGUCAUAAUAACCAAUAUUUUUUGUAUUCCUUGUCAGAGAGUUAAGUUUAUAUAUAUUCUCUCCACAGUUAUCAGUUCGUUUACAAGAAACAUUUGUUGAAACUUGGGCUGCAUGACUGACACAUAUUUGAAAACUUUGAUAUUCAGUUAGGCCACUUUGUUAUUUCAGUGUGAAUUCAGAGAUGUUUUGUACUGUGACUUGGACCUUUAAAAGCUGGUUGACUGAUGAUAUUUAUUGAUCUUCAAACUAAAUACCCAGUUGAUGACGUUCGAUACACUGCAAAAAACAUUAUCUGUGACUAGUACUCAAAGAGUAGAAUUCAACUUCCAGGUAGCAGAUUUGGAUUGCUGAAUGUAUUAAAAGAUGGUCGAUAGUUUUGGAAUGUAACAUGAUUCUAGCUUGAUUUUUGAAGAAGCAGUUACACAUUUGUCUUUUGAUGUAUCAUGCUGCUUGUGUUCUAUAAAAUUUACCUUGAUCACCCCAAUGUUGUAGAUAUUUUUACUACAAGCACCUAAGCUUGUAUAGGAAAUCGAACUCUUUGUAUUUAAUAUUUUAGGUUAUUUAUUUUUCUCAAAUUAAGUGAUGAAAAUUUUUAUUAAAAACAGAAUAGCUUUCAAUUGUAUUUGUGAUUUAUAUUUGAAUAAAAAAGUUGAACCUGU